UUUUCAUUGCACAAGCUGUUCCAUUUCUACUUGGGAUUUUCCCCUGUUUUUGGGGUUUUUCUGGUUUAUACCUUUAUCCUUUCUCCAUUACUUUUAAUAGGGGAAAAGGGAAGCAUAGAUGUUCCCAGGAGUGACAGGAAUGGAAAACACAAGGUGUUUGAUAAAGUAUUUUCUGCCCUUUUUGUUCAGCUUCCAAACAAGCUUCAAAAUCAUCUUAAGUCACAGCUCGAUAAGUUAGCAAAAGAUAACGAUGAAUUAAAAUCUGAGAACCCUUCUUUUGGGGAAGAGAAGGGCCCAUCUGCUGGAUCGAGUGUCGAUCUCGAGAAACAAUUGCAAGCUUGGAGAGAAAAUCCUUCAUGGGACAAUCAACCUCCUGAAAUUAAGGUCGGUGUACCGAAAGGUUCUCUAUGCAGCCUUAAGACAAAACUUGAUGUCGGGUUGCCCCCGGAUGCAGUGUAUGAUAUUUUAACUGAUCCUGAUAGCAAGAGAAUUUUCAAGAACAUUAAGGAAGUGAUAUCUAGAAAGGUACUAGUUGAUGAAGGACAAAGGCAGUUGGUUGAGGUGGAGCAAGCAGCUUUGUGGAGAUUCCUUUGGUGGUCAGGGACCAUUUCUGUUCGUGUUCUUGUGGAUCAAAACCGAGAAGAUCACUCGAUGAAAUUCAAACAAGUAAACACGGGAUUCAUGAAGAAGUUUGAAGGUAGGUGGAGAAUAGAGCCUGUUUUUGUGGAUGAGGAAAUCUGUUAUCCUUUCAAACCUAAAACGUUGGCUGAGUAUUGUUCGUGCAGUGGCGGCAAAGGAAGGAUCGGGUCAAAGGUGAACUUGGACCAACUGGUUCAACCAGCCAUUGCCCCUCCCCCACCCAUUUCUUGGUAUCUAAGGGGAAUAACUGCCAAGACCACUGAAAUGCUGAUAAAUGAUCUACUUGCUGAAGCUGCUAGACUCACGGGUGGCCAUCGACCUGUCUCCGAAAACUCGAAGGAGCGUAGAUUAUCUAACAAAAGAAACGAGGAUGACCCGGUUGAGCACAUAUGCAACAUUAAAGAAAGAUGGAGCCUACAUAGGAGAAACACAAAGCAGCAUCGUAAGAAGCUUUUGAAUGCAGAAUCAUUUUGAUUGGUUCAGUUUCAUCUGUAGUCUGUUG